AUGACUGAAGACGAAAUUGACGAGGAUUGCAUGACCAGCGAUAAGUAUAUAACCGACUGGGAGCGUAUAAAAGUCAUGUACGACAGCGUUUGCCGGAAGAAUGAACGCGUGAAGAGGUCUCGCAAGUCUAGCGGCAGCGAUGUGUCGAAUAAUACAGAUAAGUCUCAUCAAUGUUGUGAGAAGUCGACAUGCAGUACAAAAAUCCACGACGACGAAACAAUUGACGACGGAGAUAAGUUUCAGUACCUCUACCAGUGCACUGUUCCAGAUACUCCAGCACGAGAGAUCGUCGAGAGCUUUCCGCCGUCGGGAGCUAACUACAAGAAGGCUAUUGAGCAACUGAAGUCCAGGUUUGCGCGUGAUGAAAUGUUGAUCGACAUUUAUGUGCGUGAGCUCCUUAACCUUGUACUAGCACAAGCAAAAGUUGAGUCCGCCUUGCCCGAAUCUGUUUUACGAGCAUGGCAGAGAUCCCAUGCAACCGAGGAGAAAGGCGACGAUCAUCUGAACCGGCUUAUGAAGUUCCUGAAACGCGAAGUCGAGUCGGAGGAGCGGAUCCAGCUCGCGCGCAGCGGGAUAGCAUCGGGUGACAGUUUGCAUAGCGUUCCUACUCAACAACCUACCGCAGCAUGCUUUGUGUCCACGGAAGACGCAGAGUUGCAAAGGAAUAACAUCACGUUGAGCGACGUCGGCGACGCGGCCGCACCCGACAUCGGGCUACUGAUCGGCGCGGAUCACGCAGGUGCCUUGCUCACUAAAAGUUUUCUGGAACUGAACAAUAACCUCGUUGCGAUUAAAACCAAAUUCGGUUGGACUCUUCAAGGACCCAUUAUUACAAACGCAUGCAGUGUCUUGACGAACGUAGUAUUGGUGAAUAAUUUGCAGAUAUCAGAGCUUUGGGACUUAGAAACUCUUGGAAUACGAGAUCCAGCGGAAGUUGCGAAUAAGGCGAAGACAGAUACAGUCAUAAUGGAUCAGUUUAGAGACUCGAUCAAGAUUAAUGACGAAGGACGGUACGAAGUUGACUUACCGUGGAAACCAAAUCAUGGAGAACUCCUUGACAAUAAACAUUUAGCUGAAAAGAGACUGAUGUCAACAACGCAGAAGCUAGAAAAGCUAAAAGAGUUUGAUAACUAUGGACAUGUCUUCGAAGAUUGGUUAAACGACGGCAUAAUCGAAGAAGUUGAUGACGCAUCGAAGCCUAAACACUACCUGUGCCAUCACGCUGUCAUUAAGAAUACCAGCCUCACUACACGAGUUCGUCCGGUCUUUGACGCGUCAGCGCGAGAUUACAACGGGAAUUCGCUUAACUCGUUUCUAGAAAAAGGCUUGAAUUGUCUGGAAUUGAUUCCAAAACUAUUGAUAAAGUUCAGAAAACAUGCUAUUGGGAUAACGUCCGAUAUUAAAAAAGCAUUCCUGCAGAUAUCAUUGAAAAAAGAAGAUAGAGAAUAUCUGUCAUUCCUGUGGUGGAAGAAUAAUGAAAGGAAAGAGUUUAUAACCUACCGCCAUUGUCGAGUCGUAUUUGGUGUAACUUGUAGUCCAUUUCUUCUAAGUGCGACAAUAAACUACCACUUAGAGAAGUACACCGAAGAGUUUAAGGAUACAGCCAAACGACUAAGAGACUCAUUCUAUGUUGACAACUGUGUCAUCAGUUUAGAAUCGGAAGAAGAAGCCGAAACCUUCAUAGAAGAAGCAAAAAGAGUUAUGUCAGAUGCGAAAUUUGAUUUAAGAGGUUGGGUGACUACUCCCAUGUCCAAAUGUAUAGAAACUAUUUCAAAUGAAAAUAACUUGUCUGUACUCGGCCUUAUGUGGGACGUCAAUAUGGACCAACUAUUCUGUAACGUCAACUUCGCACAUGGUACUGGCAUAAAAGAAAACGUUACAAAAAGAAGUUUGCUCUCUAUAACUCAGAAAGUUUUUGAUCCUGUCGGCUUGGCAUGUCCAGUGACACUUGUACCUAAGCUAAUAUUACAGAAAACUUGGAAUUUACGCCUGAGUUGGGACAGUGAGCUACCUGAUAAUUUACAAAAGGAAUUUUUGGAGUGGUCUAAACAUAUUCACUUGCUGAACGACUGCCGAAUCCCACGUCGACUUACUUGUAAGCCUAUAGACAAAUGUGAAAACAGUCUGCAUGUCUUUUGUGACGCAAGCAAGGUUUCAUUUGCAACUGCUAUCUUCUUACGAAGUGAUUAUGAAGGAGAAGUCACUGUACAACUAGUCCAAGCCAAAUCGCGCGUGUCCCCAAUCCAUGAGGUCAGCAUACCGCGUUUGGAACUGAUGGCAGCAUUGAUUGCUACACGGUUAUAUCUUCAGGUUAAACAAGCCUUAGAUAUGUCAAACUGCCGCGUUUUUUUCUGGACUGACGCAAGUGUAGCUUUUACCUGGAUUACUACUGAAGGUGAUUGGAACAUAUUUGUCAAGAACAGGGUUAAAGAAAUCCGACAGCAUACAAACGUGGAAGAUUGGCGUCACUUACCAGGCAUAAUGAACCCUGCCGACUUACCAUCUAGAGGCUGCAACGCCAAACAACUGCUGAAAAGCAAAUGGUGGGAGGGACCUGCCUGGCUAAAAGCAAAAGAAAGUGAAUGGCCUAAAUCUCAAUUAAUCGUAGAUGAGCGAGAAGUUAACAAAGAAAUUAAGAAAGUAGUUCUUGUUAACACUACUACAGACUAUAGUACAUUCCUGUCUUCGCUAACCUACUUCUCCAAAUACACUAUGAUAGUGAGGAUGGUAGCAUGGAUAUUGAGAUUUUCGUACAACUGUAAAAAUGCAGAAGAUAAACAGAGUAGUGAACUGACCUGUGAAGAGUUCCAGAGUGCUGAGAAGAGGCUCCUGAAGAUUCUUCAGACCGAAAGGGCAGAAGUAGAUCAAAAAAAGAUGAACAAUUUGAAGAUGUUUAAAGACGAAGAAGGCUUACUGAGGAUUCGCACUAAAUUAGUUCUCAGCGACGAGCCUUCUGACUUUGUCUGUCCGAUUUACUUGCCGGGCAAACAUGUGAUUAUUCAAAGAUUAGUUGCUUCCAAACAUCGUCUUAUGUACCAUGCCGGUCCUACUAUACUAUUGGUAGCCCUCAGAGAGAAAUACUGGAUCACAGGUAUAAGAAGACUCGUCAGCUCGACCGUCUCCAAAUGCAUACCCUGCAAGCGGCUCGCGGUGAAGCAUGCUGAUACACCUUUACCACCUUUACCUCGUGACAGAAUAAAACCAGCUGCCGCUUUCGAAGUGACAGGUAUAGACCUAGCCGGUCCACUUUUUCUGCGGUCGGGAGGGAAGGUAUGGAUAAUUUUAUUCACCUGCGCUGUUUACCGAGCCGUACAUCUUGAACUUACCAAAUCGUUGACGACAGAAGCAUUUCUCAUGGCCUUACGGAGGUUCAUCGCGAGGCGUGGAAGAGUUGACACGAUAUACACUGAUAAUGGAACCAACUUCCACGGAGCUGAUAACCUUCUUAAGGGUUUGGACUGGCAAGAGAUUGCGGCCUAUUCCAGCGUGAGGAACAUUAAGUGGAAGUUCAGUCCUCCUGCAGCACCGUGGUGGGGGGGUUGGUGGGAGCGUUUGAUACGUUUUCUCAAGGACCUCCUUAGACGAAACUUAGGCCAGAAGAUAUUAGCAUACGAAGAGCUGAUGACUUUGAUGCACGAUUGUGAGGCUUUGAUCAAUUCAAGACCUUUAACCUACGUCGCGGACAACUCCGAUAAGCUAAAACCCAUCACUCCCGCGUGCUUCACACAAGGGCUUCCUUCGAGCGAGAUGCCGGACUUAGACCAGCUCGAUCAUGACUCACUCAACAGGCGCCUCAGGUAUCUUCAUAAGUUGAGGGAAGAUCUACGAGAAAGGUUCAGGAACGAGUACAUCGGGAUGCUCAUCCAGAAGGGCAAGGAGAGGGACUCUCAUUUAAGGGUAGGUGAUGUAGUUUUAAUAGAGACAGACUCUAAGCGUAUUAAGUGGCCUUUAGGGAGGAUUGUAGAAACCUUUGCUGGUGCUGACGGUUACAUAAGAGUAGCCAAGGGUAAGGUGGUUGACAGUGGGUCGCUGGGGCACAAUAGGUCACGCACACUACGACGAAUCCGCCGCGUGAAUUACGCGCCGUGGAUACCUCUGGCCACGGGACCGCGCGAACAGAACAUCGUGUGCAGGUGCUCCCUGGUGCAGCUAAAUAUGGGUAAGAUAGCCUUAGAAUUACAUAGCUGUAAUUAA